GGAGGAGGAGGAGGGGGGGAUCCAUUUAGCCACACACCACGCGCAUACUUGCCAGAUCUACAGAUCUAGUAGUCGACAUUUUCCGCCACAGCAAGCUUGAACUUGAACGUCGACGAACAGCGACUUGCCUCCAACAACGAACGCGAUACACCGCACAAUGGCACCUCCAAGACUGGCCGCAUCUUCGAGCGGGAGCGAAAGCGAAGACGACGCCCCCGAUACGCUCACCUUCGAUUCCUCCAAGGAAGCCGCCAAGGGCGCGGAGCACGCGCUGCAGCAGCAUCGGGCGGCGGAGAGGCAGAAGCGCAAGGAGCUGAACCGCGACCGCGACCGCAGGCGGAAGGAACAGGCUCAAAGCGCGACGAGGAAGGGCAAGCAGCCCGCGGGGGCGUCUGAGGAGAGCGAGGAGGAGGGGGGCGGACCGAAGAGCGAGCUGGAGGCGAGGAUGGAGAGGGCGAUGCAGGAGGCGGAAUUGGAGUCUGACGAGGAAGACGAGGUGGGAGAGGAAUGGGGCGGCAUAGACGACGGAGGACACCGAGACGGCGAGAGCGACGACGAGGGCUCUUCGGAUGAGGACGAGGAGGCCAGCGACGCAGAAAACUCCAACGCAACAGGCUCGGAUUCAGACGCAGAGUCCGCGUCGGAACCUCCAGCCUCGAGCAAAAAGGCCCCCCGCGCGCCGACCUACCUCCCCGACCACCUCUUCAAAGCCGCCCUCUCCGCCCCCGCGUCCUCCUCCAAAAGACGGUUCGACACCGCAGACGAGCCGUCCGACCCGCGCCCGCGCAAGAAGCGCGCAAAACGGCCAGGAAAAGCCAAGGACAUCGUAGCCGGCUCGCGGACGAUCCGCACUCUCGCACCCACCUCCCCGGCGGUGCCUACGACUAUACCGCGCGCAAUGAUGCCCCCUGCGAGGGUGAACAAGUUCCUCAAUCGCACGCUCAACCUGAAGGGCAAGCCCGAGACUGCCCGCGCGAAAGGUUGGGAACGCAGAGCCGCAAACGUCGGCGUCAUGAAACGGAAUGGCCCUGCAGCUAGUUUCGUUCGAAACCAGGGGUAUUCAUAGCCCGAUGUACUUCUCGCUUUCGCUCACGGACGCAUCCCACAUCGUCGGAUUCAGAGAAAACGCAUCAUAGAUUCGUUCUACGAAUAAGUGACACACCAGUCUGAAACAUUUGUAGUCGUAAAUAGGCAGUACGAGUCGUGAGUGUGCAUAGGAGAGAAGCAGAGCAAACCGUGUCUACUGUACAACAACAACAGCGUGCGUGUGU